AGACACCAUGUAGAUGAGGACCUAAAACCCUACGUGUGCAUCUCUGAACAGUGCGGAAAUUUACCGCCUGCAUUCUCAACUCGGGAAGAGUGGCGUAAUCACAUGGCUGACAAGCACUGCCCUGACUGGGUCCAAUAUAUUCACCGCCCUAGUCGCUGGCUUUGUACUGCCAAAAGCGCAUGCCUUUCCUUCAAGAGCGAGCAGCUUCUGCUUGACCACCUGAGGGCAGACCAUUCACAGGACACCCCGGAUGCACAACUGGUUCUCACCGCAUCCAGAAGCAAGGUGCCCAUUCCCUCGGAACCCAACACCUGCCCUUUCUGUGGC